UCAUACUUAUUAUUUAGUAUUUUAUAUUAGUUAUUACUAAACAUUAUAAAUUAUAAUCUUAAUAUUUUAAAUUGUCACAUUUUCAGUUCACGGGUUUUCACCGCUUAAUCAAAUUUCAUAUGGUCCGUGUAGUUUAGAAAAAAGAAAUUACAGAUUCUAAGGUUGCAAAAUGUACAAUUUAGAGAUGCUUCUUAAAAAUAUUAUGUAUUUCUUGUCUACUUUUGAAUCAGUUGACACUGAAUUUUUAAAUGAUUAGUCGUCCUCAAAUCACUUGACUUUUUUUUACUGUCUAUUGAUUGAGGUUCACAGUUUCAACAGAUUGUCAAAAUGGCACCUCGUGUAACUCUGCUAGAUGCUCACAUACUCGAUUAUCACAUUUCCAAAAUAUUUAUCGGUCAAACCUCAAAGGUUUUUAAGUUUUUACCGUCCUGGAUUUUAAACAAUUGCGAGUUGGAAAUAAAUGUAAUAUUACAAUUCUUAUUGACAUAUUAUUCUGUGACAAAAGCAAAAGCCACAUUUGGUCAACAAAUGCUUGGGAUUAGAUUUAAACCAGACCAGUUGACUGAUACAAAGUUAGCUCUGUUUCAACUGUUUACAGUUGGAGCUGAGUAUAUACAAUCAAAAAUAGAAAGUCCUUCAAAAAAUUUUUUGAAUAAUGUUAAUGUAUUACAUUUAAUUGUCGAUGUUUUGAAAGCCGCAUCUUUCUUGAAUUUCUUGUUUUUCCUGCAACAAGGCAAGUACCCAACUUUGACUCAAAGGCUUUUAAGUCUUCCACAAGAGUCAACUCGCAAAAGAAAUAUUGAAUACACUUAUAUGACAAGAGAACUGUUAUGGCAUGGUUUUUCUGAGCUGUUGUUAUUCACAUUGCCUCUGAUAAAUUAUCAGUCUUUAAAACAUAAAAUAUUCAGAUUAAUGCAUUCAAAUUCACAGCGUAAUAACGAAAAAUGGAUUGCAAAAAUGCCAUUUAUAUGUGCUAGGACGGUGUGUAGUAUUUGUCAAGAAAAACCUGUGUUACCACAUCAUAUUAAAUGUUCUCAUGUGUUUUGUUUCUACUGUAUAAGUUCGAUGAGAAUGGUUGAUGACAAAUUUGAAUGCCCCGAAUGUUAUCAUUAUGAAAUUGAUAUAGUACCAGUAAUACUUGAUUAAAUUUAAUAAUUUUAUUCAAAAUGGUUGAGAGUUGAGACAUAUUAAUAAAGUAUUGUACAUAUUUAUUUA